AUGUCAUAAGAUGAUAAAAAAAUAGAUUUCAUUCCUGUUCCAAAAAAAAAUUAACUUAUAGUUCCAUAUGAUUUUAAGAAAGAAAAAUACGAUUUAACAGAAAAUGAUCUCAAUAUACUGCUUAAGUAUUUUAAAGAGUAUUACUAUAUACACUAUAUAAGUAUAACAAUAUUGAAAUAAAUGCGUAAAGAUCUAUCUGAAUCAAAGAGUUUGAAUCCAUACAAAAAUUCUUUUAAAAAAGUUCUAAUUUAAUAUCAUAUUUUAGAUUGCUUUGAAAAUUCUAUUAUAAUUCUUGUGUCUUUUGAUUCUUUUGCUAUUUAUUUAUUUGUGGAUUGGUUUGUUUAUUGUAGUUUUAGCAGAUCCUAUUAUUAUGACCCUUUAUAGUUAUUUAGUAAUUUACUUAAUUUGGUACAAAGGAAUAAGGCUUGGUAUUGAAAUGAUAUUAGAUUAUGGAAAGUCUAUGCCUUUAUAAAAAUAUCUAAAAUCUAUGAAUAAGAAAUAUUUUGGUAGUAAAGGAAUUUAAUGGAAUGUUGGAGGAGGAGGCAAAUGGAUAUAAGUAGAUUAUUUAAUACACUUAAAAAAAUGA